AUGGUCGUGAGCGAAAACUCCGGCGGAAGUUGGGGUUCUGAUGUUGUCCUUCUCGUGGAAGCUACAGCAAACCUUUUUCCGUUCGUGGAGAGCAUAAAAACAAACUACAUAGUUCCUACUCUGGAGCUUUUCAAUGGAGCUCCGGCCGAUGACAGGGACUACGGAUACGACUCGAUAAUCAAUUGUUCCUACACACUGCUGACUUUCACCGCGGCGGACUCCGCUCCGGAUCCGGCUUGCAUAACUGUUACUCCGCCGACGUCAUCGAUAGGGAAAAUUCUGUCGGCUUUCGACAAGUUGCUGUUCGCCGGUGGAGCGGCGGAACAAUGUUCUCAUAUCACGGAAGGAAUGGCCACGGCUCUGCAGGUGUUCGAAGACCUAUCUGCCUUCAAGGGUGGGAAUAAAGAGGGAUCGAAGCAUUGCAUUCUCGUAUGCAACUCGCCGCCGUACCAGCUGCCUGUCCUCGAAACUAUGAACUUCCACGGGCAGACUCUCGACCAAAUCGCGAUGACCAUGCAAGAGAGGUCGAUCAGCCUGACCAUCAUAUGCCCCCGGAAAAUACCGCAACUAUGCAAGCUCUUCGAGAGAGCGGGCGGCGAUCUCAUGGGGACGCUAAGCAAGAACUACGCAAAGGACAAACGACAUCUCAUACUUCCGAAUGGAUUCGCACUCGCAGAACGCUCGGUCACGCCUCCACCAGAAACGAAACCGACACCCGCCUCGCCGCGCAGUCCCAUAGCUGGUCAGAAACGAGCCGCGCCGCCUGGAAGUUCUCCACCCAGGGAAGCGAAAAUUUUCAAACAGCCCGGAAGUGUUCCCUCUCCUCAACAAGGACCUGUCGGUCCGCCAGUGGGCCCUCCGGCGGUCGCUCAAAGAGGUCAGGCACCGACGCCCCCGCAGAUGGGAGGAAUGAAUCAACCCAAUCCUCCGAACGUGAACAUACGGCAAUUCAAUGCAGAGGUCAGGAGUCCCAGCGGAGGAGGUCGCGGUCAUGGGGGUCAUUGGAACAACCCGUCGCCCCCUGUUUCCACUCCGUCCCCCACGAACAUGUCGCUGCUGCAAAGUCAACUCAGUACCGCUCCGAUGCAGGCCCAGAACCCGGGUCAGUUUCAACAGAAUCAAAUGUACAGACAAAGAAUGGUUGGUCCUAGUCAAAUGGGAGGCCCGCCGAAUCAGAAUCAGGGCUCGCCUGGAAUGGCCUACGCGAAUCAGCAGCAGCAGCAGCAACAACAGCAACAACAACAACAGCAGCAGCAGCAGCAGCAGCAGCAUCAACAACAACAGCAGCAGCAGCAACAACAAAUGAUGAGCGGGAUGGGUCCCAUGAAUAACCAGGGACCCCCCCAAAUGAACCAAAACCCUAUGAUGUAUCAGGGACCAAUGAAUCAGUCCAUGCCCGCCAACCAGGGCAACGCUGUUGGCCCAGGGAAUCAGCACAUGAUGGGUGUCAAUCAAGGUGGGAUGCCGAUGGGUCCCUCGGGUCAACACCAGGGACCGACCCGCAAAAUCAUAUGGCAGGGCGAUAUAGAAUAUCACGACCGGAACACUUCGGCGCCGAGGAGUAUGUUCAAACUACAGUGUGUCAUCUCCUCGCAGGUGAGCCAAGGCUCGGAACCCGAAGUGAACGGAAACACGUGGCCGGAGAAGAUGUCACUUCAGCUUCUACCCAGGGCGUUACUCAUGAACGUCAUGCCAAUCGUGAAGAACGCAGCACGUUGUGUAUUCCUCAAUUUUCAACCGAUGGAGCCCCAGCAAGGUCUUCCUGGCGCCACAGAGAGCCCUCUCUCGAAUCUCUGCAGGCUGAUGAGUACUUCUUUCCUUGGCUUCAUCCACCUGAACUCCCCGCCGUGUGAUAUCAAAGUCAUGAUCGUGGUCUACAUGUCGGACAAGAACACUUUCAUGGGAUUGAUUGCAAACGAUCAGGACAAUCUUCUCAACGCGAUAAAACAGGUGUUUGAAAACCACAAAAACUCUCAACGGCAGAUGCAACAACCGCAGAUGCAACAGCAGAAGAAAAUGGGGCCAGGAGGAAUGCCCAACCAGAUGAAUAUCUUGCCCCAGGGCAAUCUUCGCGGCCAGCCAAACGUCAUGGCCGCUCAACAAGGAUCAAUGGGUGGGCAACAGGGCUCCAUGGUUGGUCCUCAAGGACCGAUGGUCGGUCAUAUGGGCCCAAUGUCCGGACCGCAGGGACCGAUGGGGGCGCAGCAAGGAAAUCCACCCGGAUCGAUGAUCAAAGUUGAAUCUCCCCAUCUGCCUAAUCAACAGGGUCCGAUGGGAGGUCAUCAGAAUCAAAUAGGCAAUCAACGAGGUCCGAUGGGCAACCAGCAAGGACUCAUGAGUGGUCAGCAAGGGCCCAUGGGGAAUCAACACGGACCCAUGGGAGGCGCGCAAGGGCCCCUCGGGGCUCAGCAGGGGAACAUGGGACCCCAGCAGGGGCCGAUGGGUGAUCAACGAGGACCCAUGAUAAAAGUGGAGCAAUCGCAUAUGGGUAAUCAACAAGGUCCGAUGGGAAGUCAUCAAGGUCCGAUGGGAAAUCAACAAGGCCCAAUGGGCAACCAGCAGGGUCCGAUAGGCAACCAGCAGGGUCCUAUAGGCAACCAGCAGGGACCCUUGGGAAACCAGCAGGGACCUAUGCGCAAUCAGCCGGGUCCGAUGGGUGGUCAGCAGAAUCAAAUGGGGAAUCAGCAGGGAUUGAUGGGAAAUCAACAAGGACCGAUGGGACAUCAACAGGGUCCGAUGAGCAAUCAGCAGCUCCCGUUGGGCAAUCAACAAGGAUCCAUGGUAAAUCAGCAAGGACCAAUCGAUGGUCAACAAGGACCCAUCGGGGGAAUGGGCCAGCAGCCCAUGAUGCAGCACGGCGGCGUCAUGAACCAAAUGGGAAUGGGAGGCCCACCACACGGUCAGAUGAACCAGCGGAUGGGAAUGCCGCAACAACAGAACGUGGGCGGUCCUGGUAUGAAUCCCGCUGGCGGUCCGAUGGGUGUUGGCAAUCCCGGGAUGCUCCCUGGAGGUCAAGGUGGCGGGAUGAUGCAACCUGGAGGAGGGCCUGUCGGUGCGGGGCCCCAGACCGGCCCAUCCGGUGAAUACGCCUAUACUGAUAACGAGCGGAAACAGAAUCUGCUCAAAAUAGAGCAGUUGCGGGCAACACUGGAAGCAGCGCAGCAGAAAGAGCAGCAGUAUAAACAACAGCAGAAUAUGCCAGUCCAAGGGAACCAAGUGGGUCCGAUGAUGCCCCAGGCUGGACAAGGCGGCGCUAGAGCGAUGGGUCCAGCGAUGCAGAUGCUCCGAGGGCAGGUACCGCAGAAUCCGCAGCUGAGACAUCUUCUUCAGCCCCAGGUGCAAGCCCAGCAGAUGCGAGGUCAGAUGAUGCCCGGACCCCCGGGCGGAGGCCAACAGCCGCCGACGCAACAACAACAACAGCAACAGCAGAUGUACGCCCAACAAAACCAGCAGUACAUGCAGAAUUAUAACCAACAAUUCUGA